ACGUGACGUCAUUAUGAUGCCAAUGAGCAGCUGAACCCGGAAGAGAGAGAGACGCUCGAGCGGAGACACAUAAACAAACGAUUAUAGCUGAAAAACAUCGAAUUAAACCAUCAGACCUCAUAGAACCGCAGUGAACAGUAACAUGGACGACACACUCUUCCAGCUCAAGUUCACGGCGAAGCAACUGGAGCGACUGGCCAAGAAGGCAGAGAAAGACUCCAAAUCCGAACAGGCCAAAGUCAAAAAGGCUCUCCAGCAGAAGAACGUGGAGUGUGCGCGAGUGUACGCAGAGAAUGCCAUUCGUAAGAAGAACGAGGGUCUGAACUGGCUGCGUAUGGCGUCUCGUGUGGACGCCGUGGCCUCCAAGGUCCAGACGGCUGUGACUAUGAAGGGGGUCACGAAGAGCAUGACGCAGGUGACCAAAGCUCUGGAUAAGGCUCUGAACUCCAUGGACCUGCAGAAAGUGUCGGCUGUCAUGGACAAGUUCGAGAGCCAGGUCCAGAAUCUGGACGUUCACACUUCGGUGAUGGAGGACUCCAUGAGCUCGGCCACCACGCUGACCACGCCGCAGGAGCAGGUGGACGAUCUGAUCCUGCAGAUCGCGGAGGAGAGCGGCCUGGAGGUGGAGGACCAGCUGAGUCAGCUGCCGGCGGGAGCCACGUCACUGGGAGAGACGUCUGUGCGCUCGCAGGACAAAGAGGACCAGCUCUCCAGACGGCUGGCAGCUCUACGUAACUGACGGCGCUCAGAGAUCCGGUCAAACGUUUCCCGCCUGGAGGAGGCUGGUUUUUAUAAUCCAGUCCAUUUAUACACAUUAUACCCCACACUUUAUGAUGAAAACUGUCUCUUUGUCUGCUCUUUAUUUCUUAGUGUCUCCAUCAUCAAACGUGACUGUGCCUUUCAAAAGAGCACAAGUCAUUUCCCCUCUUUAUUUCUGGAUGCAGUGUGUGUGUUGACUGAAGUCUGCAUAUUUAUUCAAACCUGUUAGAGACUGGUCUGUUCAUAACGUUAGUGAGAUGCAGAGCGGCGCAUGAUCUUCUCCUGAGUUUGCUUCGGUUCCUCAUGCCUUACUGGGGUGCUUCUUGCGUUCAGUGCCUCCGUCAUAUUACGAGAGUGUAUGAAUCCCCCCCAUAUAUACACACACACACACACAGCAUAUUGUAAUGGGAGUCUCAUGUUUCUGUAAGUCAUGCUGUGUUUCCUCCGGAUCAGCUCGGGUGUGGGGUUAGAUCGGUUUAUCAUGUAAAUAAAUAAAAUCAUUCUGAUAUCAGUUC